UAUACGACUGUCCGAGAGCGCGCGCGUCGCUUCAAUAUGGCAAGAUUCUUACUUUUACUGUUGGCUACAAUAGUGGUAAUUUUAGUAUACUUUUUAUAUCUAAAAGCCCCCCCACCGUUACCUAAAUUAGACGUAAAUCAAUGGUGGGGGCCAGAGGAGUUAAAAACAAUGCAAGAUGUCACUGUAAGACCAUUCAAAAUAGAAUUUUCUAAUUCGAUGAUAGAAGACUUAAGAAUGCGUUUGAAAAGGCACAGACCCUCCCCUCCGCCAUUAGAAGGGGUUGGAUUCGAAUACGGAUUUAACAGCGGAGAAACAGAAAUGUGGCUCAAAUACUGGGGAGAACACUAUCCUUUCAAAGAAAGGGAACAAUUCCUUAAUCAAUUCCCGCAAUACAAGACUAAUAUACAAGGACUGGAUAUACACUUCAUUAGGGUGAAACCUGAGGUACCUAAAAGUAUAGAAGUAGUUCCAAUGUUAAUACUGCAUGGUUGGCCGGGGUCAGUGCGGGAGUUCUACGAGGCGAUACCGCGGCUUACCGCCGUCAGUAAAGAACGAGAUUUUGCUAUAGAAGUUAUAGCUCCCAGCUUAGUUGGUUUCGGAUUCUCUGACGCAGCCGUGCGGCCGGGACUGGGCACCGCACAGAUGGCGGUAGUCAUGAGGAAUCUGAUGAAGAGGCUCGGCUUUGAUAAGUUCUACAUCCAGGGCGGUGACUGGGGAUCUGUAGUUGCCGGUCAUCUUGCUACAUUGUUCCCUGAGGUAAGUGCAGCAAUUCCAGGUACUGCCCUAACAGAUUCCCCAUCAGGUCUCCUAAUUUACAUUCUACAAAUGUUCUCAACGUGGACUUGUAGGAAAGACGUGUCCAAACCCGACGGUGGUUUAAAUUUGCACUUUAGUAAAGAGCAGAUCAUUGACAACAUAAUGUACUAUUGGGCGCCUAAUUCUAUUAAUACUGCGAUUAGAUUAUACGCUGAGUCCUUUAGUAAGAAACAUUUGGACACAAAAUUAGAUGAAAUACCAAGCUACGUACCAACUUGGUUGUUACAAUCUAAGCACGAACCAAUGUACCAAUCACCUUUAGUCACAAGAUUCAAGUUUCCUAACUUAUUAAACGUCACGUUGUUGGAUGAUGGCGGCCAUUUUGUUGCCUUAGAGCUUCCGGAAGCGUUCUCUGAUGACGUCAUAAAAGCUGUUGGCGAAUUUAGAAAAUGGAACGCACAGAAGACCGAGCUUUAGUUUUGUUCUUUUUAAAUGUUUUGU